CGCUAUGCCUGCUGCUGCGCACUCUCUCGAAGGCAAGGUUGCAGUCGUCACGGGUGGAGCGAGUGGAAUCGGGCUCGCGACGGUCAAGGCGUUCCUCGAGGCGGGCGCGGCGGGCGUCACCCUGGUCGACCUCAAGGAGGACGCCCUCUCGUCGGCCGUUGCGUCGCUCGAGCUCAGCGAACACGACGCUGCACGCGUUCUGACUGUCGUAGGAGACGUCGCAGACGAGGCGACAGCGGAGAAGUACGUCCGGGAGACGAGCGAGCGGUUCGGGCGGGUGGACGUGAGCGUGCAGUGCGCCGGCAUCAGCCUCCCGACGACCAACGUGGUCGACCUCGACGUCGACGACUGGGACAAGACGAUCAAGGUCAACCUGCGAGGCGUCUUCCUCGGCGUCAAGCACAGCCUGCGGGGCAUGCUCGCGUCUCCGUCUGGCGGCAAGGACUGCUCGGUCGUCCUCAUGUGCUCCCAGCUCGGCCUCGAAGGCUACCCGGGCUCGUCAGCCUAUGCGGCGUCCAAGUUUGCGCUUCGCGGCCUCAUGGUUUCUGCAGCUGCCGAGGUCGGCCCGGCCGGCAUCCGCAUCAACGCGGUCGCGCCAGGACCUAUCGACACGCCCAUGCUCGCCGGCUUCUCGGCACCCGGGCACACGACCAAGGGCAACAUCAAGCGAGCGGGCCACGCGCACGAGAUUGCCAACGCCGUCCUCUUCUUCGCGAGCGACGCAGGCUCGUACUGCUCGAGCACGACGCUCAAGGUUGAUGGAGGAUGGAGCAAAUGGUGCUAGACACAGAGCUGCAACGACGAUGGUCUCUUUUUGCGUCUUU